AAAAAAAAGGUCAAAAUCCAAGAGAAAACCUAAAGAUGGCAGCAAUCUAAAGAUAUUUCUAAAUUCUAAUCAUUUGUCUGCUAAACCUUUUUAUAUUACUCAAACUAUCAAAUGGUAGUUGCCAGUGCCAGAGCUUUCUUCUUCAGAAUUCCUCGACCUUCGCAAUUUACAAAUUCGUAUUCGUUUCUUUAUAUACCACAGCGAUUACAGGGAUACCAUUGUUAUCAUGGCUUAAGCAAUUUCAGCAAAGAAAGUGCGUCAAAGGGAAUUCAUUGUUUCAAGGGUUGGAACAAUAAGAUGAAAGCAGUAUAUCCUGUUUGGAGGCCAAUCAGUACUCAAUCCACUUCGAAUGAUGGGGUAGCAGCAGAUGAUUCAACAGUCUCUUCAUCUCUGCAAGCUAAUAAUGAGGUUGGUGUAGCUGAAGGUGUCCAGGCUAGCCAUGGUACUGUCAUGCAGAAUAGCUUUGAAGUCACUGAUGCAGAAAAAGUAUCAACUGAAAGCAAGGAAAAAAUUGCUGUUUCUGUAGAGGUAGGUGCUUCUGUCAUGCGUUUCAUUGGAUAUAAAGAUAAAUCUUUGCGGGAAAGCAUUGAGAAGGAAAUGGGGGUCAAGUUAAUAUUUCCAUCAUCAAAGUUGGAGGAUUCUAUUGGUGAUUCCAUGGAUGCAAUUACCAAAGCUUCAGAAAAAAUCCAGGCUAUAAUUGACAAGGCUGUUAAUUCUUCAGCUUUGACCUUCUCCCACUUGAUCUCGCUUCCAUUAGCCAUACACAAUGAACUGGUUGAUAAACUCAACAGAUUUCAGUCCACUGUACUGGCAUAUAGUGAUUCUAAAGAUGCAGAUGGGACUAUGGAUGUUGAUUCAAGUGAUGAGGCUUCUGAAGAUGGAGAAAAAAAUGUAAAACCUGUAAAUGCAGAUGUUGCUGCCAAUCUUAAAGUUGACGACACUCAUAAUGUUAAAAGGGAUACAAAGGACAUACCUCUUGUAAGCUAUGCACCUAAAACAUCUGGAUUGGGGAUUGAUAAAUCUAUAUUUAUCAAACCAAAAAGAUUUCACUUAACUGUAGUAAUGCUGAAGUUAUGGAAUAAGGGACGUGUCAAUGCAGCUAAAGAGGUUUUGCAGAGCAUCUCCUCUGAACUAAUUGAGGUUUUGGACAAUCGACCUUUAUUUAUUAGACUUAAAGGGCUGGAUUGCUUGAGAGGAUCUCGAAACAAAGCUCAAGUUCUUUAUGCUCCCGUUGAAGAAAUUGGUAAUGAGGGGCGACUUCAUCGUGCAUGUCAACUCAUCAUUGAUGCCUAUGUCAAAGCUGGACUAGUACUUGAGAAAGAUGCUAAGCAAAAGUUAAAGCUGCAUGCUACUGUGAUGAAUACAACACAAAGGAAAGGAGUAAACAAGAGGAAACAUAGAAGAGGGAAAGACUCUUUUGAUGCCACACCCAUUUUCGAGCAAUUUGGGUCUGAAGCAUGGGGUGAUUAUCACAUCCGUGAAGCUCAUCUUUCACAAAGAUUCUUGUAUGAUGAUAAUGAUUACUACCACUGCUGCGCUUCCAUACCCUUUCCUGAGAUCACAGAAGUUCCUGCUAGCAGUGCCACUCCGGCUGAGUCUGUAGAAGAGUCCAUAGCCGAGAGCGUGUAAUCUUCUUGUAUGGAGUACAAUACCCUUGUUUUUCUGUCAGUUCCAGUUUGUACUGAUAGCCUUUCGCAUGCCUAGAGGACAAGGAACAACCAAAGUCAAUUUUCAAGCUCAAUGUUUGACAAUGCAUGGUUUUCAAUGUUUUAUUAAUUUUUUUGUUAGAAUAGUCUUUAGUGAUGUAAGAAAUUAAAAAUAAUGUUUGUUGAGUGCAUCUAAAAAAAAAUGAAAAAAAAAAUUUGUUUGUAGGGUUGGUUGGCAAAUGACUUGGCCUUAUAUGAAGUCUUUUAGUCAAAAUUUUUGCUGGCUUUUAGUUUGUUACUCCGUAAUGUUGUUUUAAUGAUUUAAAGAAUUUGGUCGGCAAAAACUUUGGAGCAGAUUUCUAGCUUUCUGCUGUUGACUGAAAAAAAGGGGCAAAUACAGAAAUAAAAUCUGGUCAUCUUUUACAGUAUUUA